AGCGUGAACGUGCACGCUGUUGCUGCCACGCGCACGGCCUUGCUCUGGAGAGUCACCUUGGUGCAAGAUGGCGCCGGAGAAAACUUCCCCGAAAUCCAUCAAAUUUCUCUUCGGGGGCCUGGCGGGGAUGGGCGCCACCUUCUUUGUCCAGCCCUUGGACCUGGUGAAGAACCGAAUGCAGUUGAGUGGCCAAGGGGCAAGGACAAAAGAAUACAAGACCAGCUUCCACGCCCUGACCAAUAUUCUGAAGGCUGAGGGGGUCACCGGAAUCUACACAGGCCUUUCGGCUGGUUUGCUACGACAGGCCACAUACACGACGACCCGCCUGGGGAUCUACACCGUCCUCUUCGAGAAGCUGACCAAAGCCGACGGGACACCGCCCAACUUCCUCAUGAAAGCGCUCAUUGGGAUGACGGCGGGUGCGAUCGGAGCCUUUGUGGGGACGCCGGCCGAGGUUUCCCUCAUCAGGAUGACUGCUGACGGCAGGCUGCCUGUUGACCAACGGAGAGGAUACACAAACGUGUUUAACGCACUAAUUCGUAUAACUCGUGAAGAGGGGGUCCUCACGCUCUGGCGGGGUUGUGUCCCAACGAUGACGCGAGCGGUGGUGGUGAAUGCAGCCCAGCUGGCUUCAUACUCCCAGUCCAAACAGUUCUUGCUGGGUUUAGGUUACUUCCAUGAUAACAUCCUGUGCCAUUUCUGUGCCAGUAUGAUCAGUGGGCUUGUAACAACUGCAGCCUCCAUGCCUGUGGACAUCGCGAAAACAAGAAUUCAGAAUAUGAAAAUGAUUGAUGGAAAACCCGAAUACAGGAAUGGAUUGGAUGUCCUUGUCCGAGUGAUCCGCAAAGAGGGAUUCUUCAGCUUGUGGAAAGGCUUCACUCCGUACUACGCUCGGCUAGGGCCUCACACAGUCCUCACCUUCAUAUUUCUGGAACAGAUGAACAAGUUUUACAAGAAAUAUUUCCUGGAUCAAUAAAACGAUGGCUCCAUUAGGCUCCCCUUGCAAAGGAGUCUGAUGUAUUAGUGAAAAUGAGGAAGGGGGGAGAGAGAGAGAGAGAGACUGAUUGUUUGCCAGAAAUAGGGCUGGCGGUUUCCCUGACUAUAAUCUUAGGUGUCGUGUCCUUGUUUUAUUUUGACGGACUGUCAGAUGUUUAUACCCUUCCUCCCGGGUUUCUCUCAGCACUGUACUAGCGUGGGGUUAAUUGUCUACCGUUUGCCGGGGAAGAAGCUUGCAUAGUUAAGGAACUAAUUGAAGAUCGCACAUUUUGCCACUGAGGACUUUGCUGGCGUAACCAUGGGAAGUGCACAAGCCUUCAGCCUGUUUCUCCCCACCUUCGACACGUGCUGUGUUCCCCAGGCACAAAGGGACAUUCAGCCUGUUUCUCCCCACCUUCGACACGUGCUGCGUUCCCCAGGCACAAAGGGACAUUCAGCCUGUUUCUCCCCACCUUCGACACGUGCUGCGUUCCCCAGGCACAAAGGGACAUUCAGCCUGUUUCUCCCCACCUUCGACACGUGCUGCGUUCCCCAAGCACAAAGGGACAUUCAGCCUGUUGAGCCCUCCCUCGCCCUUUGUACUUCUGCCAUCCAUCCUCGUUUUGACAGUCCUCAGUCGACUGCCUCCCCCUUAGGUUGACAUCUUCUUUGUUUGAAUUGGGGCGGUCUAGGAGAGAGAAGUUCCAUUUCUGUUCCCCGUUGUAUGAAGAAAUCCUUCUGGACUUCAUUACCACUGGAACUAAUCUGGCUCUGAAUAUCCACUGCCUGUGCCCCAGAUUCUUUGUCCUGGUUUUAUCCGCCAGAGGAGACUGGCACAUGGGUCAGAAACUGAAAGGUCUUAGAGCAGGAAUUACUAGAGGCAGUACAUGGUGGAGGGUGGGGGAAACAGAGGGUCUCUCACAAGCAUGUUUGAGGUUCUUUCUGCAUUCCCCCCCUCCUCAAUCUCAGUGACAGCCGUGGGUUUCCCUCCACGCUGGAGUGCCCACCAUUGGGAGACAGCACCUUUGUGUUUCUCUGCAGCUGUGCAGGGAGCAGAAAAGUU